CAGAAAUAUGUUUGACAAAGAGGAACGGACGAAUAUGAAAAGGGUUCUAGAAGAUAGCGAUAUGAUCGAGAAACAUGGUUACGGUAUUCCCGAUGGAAAAGGAAAAAACGCCAAACUUGUAAUAUGGAGUCAUCCAGGAAGUGACGUCACAGGUAUUGUGGCGAGAAGUAGAAAGGUGGUAGACUCCUGUCAGAAGUUGCUUGGUGGUGGUGAAGUUUACCAUUAUCACGCUAAGUUUAUCCGCAAGGACGCAUUUACAGGCGGAAGUCAUUUGUGGCAUCAGGAUUAUGGCUACUGGUACAAAAAUGGAUGUCUAUUUCCCCAAAUCAACACUAUAUUUGUUGCAGUCGACAAGUGUGAACCGUCCAAUGGAUGUCUUCAGAUUUUACCAGGAUCACAAAAAUGUGGUAGGAUAGAUCAUUUUCCAGUGGCAGGUCAAACAAUGGCUGACAUGGAAAGAAUCAAUGAGAUAAUGAAAAGACAUCCCCUAAAGCACGUAGAACUUGAUCCCGGCGAUGCCUUGAUAUUUGAUGCAAACUUAAUUCAUACAAGUGGACCAAAUAACAGUCCUAAUCGACGCUGGGCACUAUUGUAUUCUUACUGUCUCAAGUCUAAUAAUCCAGUCUACAAACACCACCAUCCAAACUAUACACCUUUAGAAAAGGUUCCAAAUUCCGCAAUUAAAGACUGCAAAAAUUACACCGAUUUCUCUGGUAAAGAUUUCAUGGACCCUGUUGUGGAUAAGACCGUUAAAACAAGUACUCAGGAAAAGUGAACUGCAGUUGAACUGUCAUCAGGGCAGACAACCAGUCCUUACAACUAGUCAUCUUCGACUCAUUUUGUAAACGGUCGUUAAUAGGAUAUUGUUA